AUGGGCGAAAUGGAGUCCUAUAAGGUGAUGCUGAACGGGCCGGCGCCUUGGUUCCGGCUGCAGGGAGGGAAGGACUUCAGCAUGCCGCUCUCCAUCUCCAGGCUGACUCCAGGUGGAAAGGCUGCCCAGGCCGGUGUGGGAGUGGGCGACUGGGUGCUGUACAUCGACGGGGAGAGCACCAGCGCCAUGACGCACAUCGAGGCCCAGAACAGGAUCCGUGCCUGUGGUGACAGACUCUGCCUCACCCUGAGCAGAGCCCAGAACCACCUGGGGAAGCCGCAGAAGGACUCACUCCCCUGCUCUGAGCCCCUGAAAUAUAACUUCGCUCCCAGCACCGCCCUCAACAAAACAGCUCGGCCCUUCGGGGCCGGCUCGCCUCCGAACCCACGGCCCGGGCUGGUGACGAAACCCGUGACGUACGUGCCCCUGGCGCCCGCCUGCACCCCCCAGCACAAUGGGAAACCACAGGAGCACCCCAGUUCCCCCAAAUAUGACCCCAGCAAGUUGCAUCUGAUCGAGGACUCUGAGGACUGGCAGCCCCGCAACACCAGCACCCAGUCCCGCUCCUUCCUCAAACUGGCCCAGCUGACGGGCACAGACAGCUUUGAGGACCACGAGGACGAGCUGGUUAGGAAGCCCAGGGGUCCCCGUGUGUCAUUUUGGGGUACAGAGGAGGAGUGGCAGUCCAUGCACCCCCCUGGCACCCCCGCGUGUGACCCGGGCAAGCUGCGGCUGAUGGAGGACGCUGAGGACUGGCAGCCCCGCACCGGCACCUCCCAGUCCCGCUCCUUCCGCAAACUGGCCCGGCUGACGGGCACUGAUGGCCUUGAGGACCAUGAGGAUGAGCUGGUUAGGAAGCCCAGAGAUGCCCGCGCGUCCUUCUGUGGUACAGAGGAGCAGCGGCAGCCCCCACCCCACGUGGAGCCCCCCAGCACCCCUGCGUGUGACCCAGGCAAGCUGCGGCUGAUAGAGGAUGCUGAGGACUGGCAGCCCCGCACUGGCACCUCCCAGUCCCGCUCCUUCCGCAAACUGGCCCGGCUGACGGGCACUGAUGGCCGCUUUGAGGACCGCGAGGACGAGCUGGUUAGGAAGCCCAGGGAUGCCCGCGGGUCGUUCUGUGGUACAGAGGAGCAGUGGCAGCCCCCACCCCACGUGGAGCCCCCCACAACUCCCGCGUGUGACCCGGGCAAGUUGCGUCUGUUUGAGGAUGCUGAGGACUGGCAGCCCCGCACCGGCACCUCCCAGUCCCGCUCCUUCCGCAAACUGGCCCGGCUGACGGGCACUGAUGGCCGCUUUGAGGACCGCGAGGAUGAGCUGGUUAGGAAGCCCAGAAGUCCCCACGUAUCGUUCUGUGGUACGGAGGAGCCGCGGCAGCCCCCGCCCCACGUGGAGCCCCCCAGCACCCCCGCGUGUGACCCGGGCAAGCUGCGGCUGAUGGAGGAUGCUGAGGACUGGCAGCCCCGCACCGGCACCUCCCAGUCCCGCUCCUUCCGCAAACUGGCCCGGCUGACGGGCACUGAUGGCCUGGAAGAUGAUGAUGUAUUUAUUAAAAAGCCCAGCCAGGUCUCCGUACCGGACCCGUCCCUGGGAGCAGCAAUGAAGACAGAACCAGGAUUGGCUCCCAGGACCCCUGCUGCCACCCCUGGCCCUACCAGCCGCCCGCCCUGGGCUGUGGACCCCUCAUUUGCUGAGCGCUACGCCCCAGACAAGACAAGCACAGUGCUGAGCAAGCACAGCCAGCCGGCCACGCCGACCCCCAUGCAGAACCGCAGCUCCAUUGUGCAGGCAGCCCAGCAGGCACCUGAGGGCCCCGGCCGCACACCCCUCUGCUACAAAUGCAACAAGAUCAUCAGAGGACGCUACCUCGUGGCACUGGGACAUUAUUACCACCCCGAGGAGUUCACCUGCUGCCAGUGCAGGAAGGUGCUGGAUGAGGGUGGUUUCUUUGAGGAAAAGGGCUCCAUCUUCUGCCCCAAGUGCUACGACACGCGCUACGCGCCCAGCUGUGCUAAGUGCAAGAAGAAGAUCACUGGGGAGGUCAUGCAUGCACUGAAGAUGACCUGGCACGUGCAGUGCUUCACCUGCGCAGCCUGCAAAACUCCCAUCCGCAACCGUGCCUUCUACAUGGAGGAGGGACAGCCCUACUGCGAGAGAGACUAUGAGAAGAUGUUUGGCACCAAGUGUCGUGGCUGUGACUUCAAGAUUGAUGCUGGGGACCGUUUCCUGGAGGCGCUGGGCUUCAGCUGGCAUGACACUUGCUUCGUCUGUGCGAUCUGCCAGACCAAUCUGGAAGGGAAGACAUUCUACUCCAAGAAGGACAAGCCGCUGUGCAAGAGCCAUGCUUUCUCCCACGUGUGAGGGGCAAGAGUUCAGCUGUGCCCAUGCAUGCCCCUGCUCCUGCAUGCUCCUUUCCCACCCCUUUCCCUGCCCCAGGGAGCCAGGCUAAGACUUCACCCGUUCCCCUUACUCCUGCCUCUUUCCUGGCAACUCCUGGCCAGGCCCUGGCAGAAGCAGCACUGGCCCCUUCCAUCUGGCUGGCUUCUUUUGUGCCCCCCUAGCUGACACAGGAGCCUGGGGAAGGGGAUGCCACAGAGGUCUCCUGCCCUGAAGGUACUCAACACAAUGGUUGUGGCCGUGCUGAGGCUGUAGCUGGGGAGGGUCUGGUUGCAGCAGAGCUGCUCCUUUGCUUUGAUGGGGCCCAGCUGCCUUGGCACUCGGCACCAGGGCAGGGAUGCUUCUAGCCCCCAGCCCCUGCCCCUUCCCUCGCCUCCCCAGCUUCAUACUCAGCGCACGGGGCUUGAGCACUGGCUCUUUUCCCCCUGCCCACAGUGACCCCCACAGCCCAGCAGACUGCUGGUGGUUUCCUACCCACCCCCACAUGGCUGCAUGCCAUGGAGCUGGGGAGGCCGUGGGGCUGUCUAGUGGCAGCACCGCCAUGCCAUGGAGUAGGACUGUGUGCCAUGCCUGCCCUGGCUGUGGGCUGGGAGUGCACACCAGCCCCUGGUUAAAGGGUUCCCAUCAGGCUUGAAAACUGCUUCCUACCAAAGAGCGUGUGCCACCGCUAUCCCAGCACUGUAAAUGCCUCUCCCAAACCCCCACUCUCCGGUUGGGCUGCAUUUGAUGUAGCCACGGUGCUUUUAGUGCCUUGAAUAAACACUUUUUUGCGAGUG